UGGUCCAAGCAGAGGAAGCAGAAGCUGCGUCUGUGAGGGAGAAGCACUCGGUCAGAAGCCCUGAGGAGCAGAGACACCAUGGUGGACCUCAGAGGGACUCAAAGGACUUUCUGUGUGAUGCUGCUGCUGCUUCAGGCUACAGUAGUAAGUGGACGAACCCCCUCUGACCCCCACUUCCUCAUCAGAGCCGGAGAUGACGUCACUUUACCUUCAACCCGUGUGAAUCAGGACAGAUGUGAUGGAUCUACUUGGCUUUACACUCGUACUGGAUCAACUGAGACGCUGGUUGAACAUGGGAAGAUUAAGAAUGAUUCUGUGAUUCCAGAAGCUAAAACCAACAGAAUGAGUUUGACAGCAAACUGUUCUCUGGUUAUAAGAAAGGUCUCAGGUGAAGAUGCUGGUCGUUACACCAACAGAGACUUUGAUGAAGCAGGAAGACAACAAGGUGCAGAUAGUGUGUCUGAGCUGUUUGUUCUUACAAUGGAGGAAAAGAAGCACGGGGAUGUGGUUGUGUUGUCCUGCUCUGUGUUGAGCUCCUCUGAGUGUAAACACGCACCAGAGUGGGUUUAUAAGGGUGAAACGACUGAUGUGAAGGCAUCACACGUUGCUUGUGAAGCCACUGUGAGGUUUAAAGCUCCUCUUCAUCAGAAGUCAAAGUAUUAUGAGUCACUGAAAUGUGAAGUGAGAGACGAUCAAAGUGGAAAAACUGUGCAUUUUGAAGCCUGCAGUCAGUUCUCAUGUGAACAAACAGAAGGCCCAUCGGGGGGGGGGGACGUUACACCACCUGACCAGGGAGGCUCUACAACAGCCUCGUGGAAGUGGCUCAUCAUCACGCUGGUGGGUUUAUUCGUCCUCUUCAUCAUCCUCGUGGUCCUCAUCAGACGGAGAGCUGAAGGGAAAAAAACACAGACGGACGAAAACACGGGAAUGAGCUCUCAGCAUGGGAUCCAGCCCGCUCCAGAACCCCGUCAGGACGCGGCCGACCCCGAGGAAGGCGUAGCCUACGCCUCCGUCAGCUACACCCAGGCGGCCGGAGGAGCAGCGCGGGCUCGGGUCAUUGAUGGCGUCGAUGUUGACGAUGCGGUGACUUACUGCACUGUGAAAGCUCCUCUUCCUCCUCCUUCUUCUUCUUCUGGAGCCUCUGCUGAUCCCAGCGAGCUCUACGCGGUCAUUAACAAUCCCAACAAAUAAGAGAGGCUACGUUGAUGAUUCUGUGUAAACCAAGUCACGCUUUCUUCAUCACGUUCACUGCUGAGAUGAAUUGAGCCGUUUAGGAAAAAUGUUUGGAGCAUUAAAAAUGUAUUGAUUUUAUUUAAAUAACCUGAAUGUUCACACCAGAUCAAUCAGACUAUUAUUGGAAAAUGCAGGAAAACAAUACUGAAAAUGUAAAUAUAAUUAUGAUGAAACCUAGCUUUACAUUUAAAGUAAACUAACGUUUUUUUAGAUUAGGAUAAUUUUGUUAUGAUAAUAUGUUGGAUUUAUUCCUUUUGCUUUUGUUGGAUCAAAAGGCCUUUCUGUCCAGAACAGGGUGUAGUAAGUUAACUGUGGCACAUCUGCAACAUUAUCCUUUAUGUGUAGUCAUGGUUUGUUUUCUCUUUAAGGUGUCCUAAUAAAAUAAAUGAUUAAGUAGCAUAUAAUGUACCAGGGUUCAUAGUUGAUUGGUUUAUAUUAUAUAUUCCUGUUCCAGUUUCACCUCAUGGAUGUUGAGUUUGCUUUGAACUAAAUAAAAGAGGACAGAAAUGGUG